UGUAGUUUACUUUACAUUUACUUGAGCUAUAUUACUUUGUAGUAGUAAUUUGAAAUAUCUCUAUUAUAACUUAAAGCUAAAGGAAUGGAAUGGAAUGGUGCGGCUGGACACACCUUCCUAUUCCAGCCUAAAUUUUCGUUUGCUAUAUGGGGCAAUAUAAAUUGCUAGGGGUGGCAAUAUAUCCAACUUUAUUCGUAAUUUUAUUGGUAACUUUAUUAGAAACUUAUAAAUCGAAUUUAUUGAUAAUUGAUUCUUUAGUAACACAAUGCUUCGACAAUUAGUCACUAAAAAUGUGGCAAUUUCAUAUCCUAUAGUACGGACUAGAUUACCAUUAUCAGCAGUAGCAUUAACAAGAUUAAGGCAAGGCCCACCCAGAUACAGACAAUUUUCAACUGAUAUUGAACAAAUUAAACAUCAAGCUGAUUCUAAUGAAGGAGAUAGUUCUGCUUCAACUACUGGAGUAAUAGAUGUUGAAAAACAACGAGAAAUUGUCGUUUAUUAUGAUCAUAUAUAUCCAAUAUCUUCAUCAAAUAGUACAUUUAGACAAACAUUAACUCUUUAUGCUAAUAUUCAAAAUCAAUCAAUUGAACAAUUAACAGAGAAAGUACUUAAAUUAUCUUCACCAUUACCAUCAAAUGUAAAUAUAACUGAAUUUGUUCCAUUAAAACGAGAUUGUGGAGCCUUUGUAAAAUUUCUGGUUCCAAGUGAUUUAAGAACUAAAGAAUUAUUUAGAAUUAUUCAUGAUAAUGUUAAAAUUAAAAAGCAACAAUAUGAUUCAAAUAUCUUUAGAUAUAUAUUUAAUAAAGUUUGGAAUCAUUUCCCAACAGUUUAUGCAGUUAAAGGUACUCCAUGGAUUGAAGAUUUAAGAAGAUUUCCAACUACAAAAUUAAAAAUUUCAUUUGAAGGUAAUUCAUUAACUGAAGAAGAAUUAUAUGUAUUAUUUAGAAGAUAUGGAUUAAUUGUUGAUAUUAUUCCCGGAUCUGAUUCUGCAACUAUAAUUUUUAAACAUUUACGUUCAGCAAUUGCUGCAAAAAAUUGUAUUACUGGUAUAAAUUUAAAUCAUGAUAAAACUAUACUUCAUAUUCAAUAUAUUCCAAUUAAACGAGUUAAUUAUAUAACUGAUUUUAUUAUUAAUCAUCAAAAAAUUGCUAUACCAAUUUUAUUAGCUUUAUUAGCUACUGUUGCAGUAUUAAUAUUUGAUCCAAUUCGUCAAUGGUUUAUUGAACUGAAAAUUACUAAAAAGUAUUCAUUAGAUACUUAUAAGAAUUAUCCUAUGGUUAAAUUUUUUUAUAUACCAUAUAAAACAAUUAAAGGUUGGAUAACAAAUAGUUAUGAUUAUCUUGAUGAAGCUAUAGUAUCUAAAUUUAAUGAACAUGAUUCAAUUAAUAAUGAAUUAGAUGAUAAUACAAGUAGUGGAAAUCAAAAUAUUAAUUUAUUUUGGACUGAAAGAUAUGAAAAAUCUAAACAAUUAAAAUUAUGGAUUUAUGAAAAUAUUAAUACAUUUAUAAUUGUUAAAGGUCCAAAGGGUUCAGGUAAAGAAGAAUUUGUUUAUGAUCAUACAUUAUUUGAAGAUGAUAAAUUAAAAAAUAAAAUUCUUUCAAUUGAUUGUGAUUUAUUAAGUAAAUCUCGAUCCGAUAAUGCAUUAUUAAAUAAUACAUCAUCUCAAUUAGGUUAUUUCCCUGUAUUUACUUGGACAAAUUCUUUAUCACAAUUUAUUGAUUUAGGAGUUCAAGGAUUAACUGGACAAAAAUCAGGAUUAAGUGAAAGUAAAGAAACUCAAAUUAAAAAUAUGUUUCUGUUAACUAGUCAAGCCAUUAGAUCAAUUGCAACUCAAGAUUAUGAAAAAUAUUAUAAUUCAAUUAUUAAAAAGAAUAGUAAAUUACCGGAAGGAGAAAAACUUGAAUUACUUAAAGAAGAUGAAUAUUUACAACAACAUCCUGAAUGUAAACCAAUUAUUGUUAUAAAUAAAUUUUCUAGAAAAGCUGAUCAAUCAAGUAAUGAUUUUAUAUUUCCAUUAAUUGCUGAUUGGAGUGCCGGAUUAAUUCAAAAUAAUUUAGCUCAUGUAAUUUAUGUUACAGCUGAUGUUGGUAGUGUACAACAUUUAAAUAAUGUAUUACCUAAUCAAGUAUUUAAAGUUAUUUCAUUAUCGGAUGCUUCAAGUAUUAGUGCCAAACAAUAUUUAAUGGAUCAAUUAAAAUUACAAAAUUCAAAAUCAAUUGAAGGAAUAUUUGAACCAUUAGGGGGUAGAAUGUUAGAUUUACAAGCAUUUAUUAGACGUAUAAAAUCAGGUGAAGAACCUCCUGAAGCAUUAAAUGAAAUGAUAACUCAAGCAGCUGAACAAAUUACUACAUUUUUCCUUAAUAAUCAAAAAUUACAAGAAGAUAAUAAUUGGAAUCCUGCUCAAGUUUGGGUACUUAUGAAAUUAUUAUCUAAAUCAAAUGAAAUUACUUAUCAAGAAUUAAGUAAAUCUAAUUUAUUUAAAUCUUCAAGUGAAACUAUUGGAACUUUAUCAACAUUAGAAAAACAUGAUUUAAUUACUUUAAAAAGAGAUAAAGGAGUUUUAUCUUCAAUUUCAACUGGUCGUCCAUUAUUUAAAGCGGCUUUUAAACAUUUAAUUGGAGAUUUAAAUGUAUUUAAAAUUUAUGAAAUUGAUUAUCUUCAACAAUUAAUUAAACUUGAAAUGACAUCUAUAACUAAAUUAGAAAAUGAAUUAACUAAUAUUUAUAGUGCCCAUUCUAAAUUAGAUGGAAGAAUUUCUUAUUUAACUAAAAAGAUUGAAACUAGUAAUUCAAAGAUUAUUGAUUAUGAAUCUAAAAUUAAUGAUAUUAAGAAACUUAAUGAUGCCAGUAAACAUUCAUCUCGAGGAUUAUUUGGGAUAUUUUAACUAAUGUACAUACCUGUUUA